AUCAACUCAGACGAGACCCUUCCAACCACACUCAAUAGAGUUUUACAGUAAAGCAUUUUGCAAGACAUAGCACAGGCUUAAUUAGAUGGAUAUAUAUAAUCAGUUUCAAAGUAUAGUUGUUGAAGCAACCGCAAAUCUUCGUCAAUCAUUUGAAAAAGUACUAGCAGCAAAUGAGCUCGAAUUGCAUACUAGUCGUGCUCAAAUUGCUCAGCGCGACAAUCAGAUCCAGGUACUUUUACAACAGAUUCAUGAGCUUCAACGAAAUGCAAGUGACGACCAACAACGCAUGACAGAGAUGGGACGCAAACUUGUUCAACUUUCCGAGUUUAAAAAGUCUGUAGUGUCAUCGCUGUUUAUAGGUCAAGAGACUGAGCAACGCAGUACAGAUGUAUCACAAUCAUUUGAGAAUGUAUUCAAACAUAGUCAGUUUGGUGCUGACGCGAAUGCCAUGGGAAAUGAUCGUUUCAGUCGCAGCAAUGAGAGUCUUGCCGGGCAAGUAGCUCAGCUUGGAGUAAAGCCUCAAUCUCCCAAGCGAGAUCAAGAACGCUCUAUAAUAUCGGAUUCAGUUUCUACAUUGAAUCAAGUAGCAAGCAGACAGCAUGAUAUAUUGCCAGUAGAUGCACAGUACGAGUCAAAAGGUAACACCGAAGGAGUUCACAUUGAGCCUGGAUCUGUAUUUGGCAGCACUGAAGAGAUCUUUCGUCAGGGAUUGCAAAACUUGACUCCAAAUCAAAAAACCAACUCUAUUGAUGGCAGAGACUUUUUUAAAAUGGCACGAAGUACAUUGUCAUAUAAUGAAUUCACAGCACUAUUAUGGAAUGUAAAGGCGUUCAACAAUCGAGAGCAAACUAAACAAAAGAUGCUUCAGAAUUUGGAUUCGCUCAUUGCACCACAACAUAGAUAUCUAUUGGAACGGUUUGAAAAAAUGAUCGAGUCUGAAUAAAGCUUAUAACAAUGUCAUCCAACGCUAAUAGAAAUAAAAACAUCAGCCCAGAAUA